AUGAACUCGCCGGCGCACUGCCCCGCCACCACCGCGUCCCCGCCUCUGCGCGCCACCCGCGCGCCGCUCGUCGCGAUGGCCCAGCGCGGUGGCCGCGGGCGCAGGCUGCCCUCGUCCGCUCCAGAGGCCGAGCAGCCGGAGGAGGCGCUCGCCCGCAUCCUCCGCACCGAGGCCGCCGUCUCGGGCGUCUCCCGCAAGGCCGCCGCCACCUCCGGCCAGCAGUCCACCUGCCUCUGGCCCCGCGCCGUCCUCGAGGCUCUCGACUCGGCCGUCACCUCCUGCCGCUGGGAGUCCGCCCUCGAGAUCUUCGAGCUGAUGCGGAAGCAGCGGUGGUACGAGCCCAAGUCGCAGACCUACGCGAGGCUGCUGAUGAUGCUGGGCAGGUGCCGUCAGCCCGGCCAGGCCACGGCCCUCUUCAACACGAUGCUCUCGGAGGAGAAGCUCGCGCCAAGGGUGGACGUGUACACGGCGCUCGUCAGCGCCUACGGCAACAGCGGGAUGCUCGACGAGGCGCUGGCCAUCGUCGACCGGAUGAAAGGCGCAGCGGCGGGCUGCAAGCCGGACGAGUACACCUUCUCGGUUCUCAUCAACUGCUGCUGCAAAUCCCGCCGGUUCGACCUCAUCCCGGCGGUGCUCGACGAGAUGGCGUAUCUGGGGCUCGGAUGCAACGUUGUCAUCCACAAUGGGAUCAUUGAUGGGUAUGGCAAGGCUGGGAAGCUGGAGGAGAUGGAGAAUGCGCUGUCGAACAUGCUUGAGGGUGGGGAAAAUGUGCCGGAUAUAUACACGAUGAACUCGAUCCUCUGGGCCUACGGGGACCGUGGCAGGGUGGAUGACAUGGAGAAGUGGUACGGCGAGUUUCAGCUCAUGGGCGUUGAGCCCGACACGCGGACAUUCAAUAUCAUGAUGAAGUCUUACGGUAGGGCGAACAUGCCUGAGAAAAUGAUGUCGGUGCUGAAAUAUAUGAAGCAGCGCUUCUUCUCGCCCUCCGCUGCUACAUUCAACAUAAUCAUAGAUUGUUUUGGAAGGGCUGGCAACAUUGAGAAGAUGGAGUACUAUUUCAGGCUGAUGAAGAUUCAGGGGAUGAAACCCAACCCGAUCACCUACUGCUCGCUAGUUAAUGGAUACAGUAAAGCUGGGCUUCUUGAUAUGAUUCCCGUAAUCGUUCGACAGACAGAGAACACGGACGUUGUCUUAGAUACUCCAUUUUUCAACUGUGUUAUCAGUGCAUACGCCAAGGCUGGAGAAGUUAAGAUAAUGGAGGAAAUGCUCCAGUUUAUGAAGGACAAGAACUGUAAGCCUGGCAAAGUAAUUUACACCACCAUGAUUCAGGCAUAUAUCGCACAUGGGAUGGAUGAAUCUGCUAAGUUGUUAGAGUUGGAAGAGAGAAGAUUUGAUAACAAGCUGCUGGAGCAAGUUUCAGAUGUUAGAUAAGAAAUAAUGGGCACCACCAUUUUUCGUGGGAUUGGAGCAGUAAGAUUUGUCUAAAACCGGAUUGGACAACGGACAUGUAAUAGAGAGUGUGGUUAGGAGCCCAGUGGAGAAUGUGGUUAGGAGUACAGAAAAAAAUUUGAUCACUGUAAUCAAAUUAAUUCCAUCAACAUGAGACUCAGCGAUCCCAGUUGGAUGCCAAUGACGAGGGGCCAUGAGGAAUGAUAAUCACAUAUGUCCUAGGUAGCCAGAAUUACGCCAAAUAUUGAAGUUCAGGGUAAGUAGAAUCUGUGUUGAAUGUAAAAAAUUAUAAUCAAACAAAUGGAUAUGGUAACAGUCUGCGUGGUACCUUUUUAGUGAAGAGCAUACGUGCGUGUUCAUCUUGUAAAACUUCGAGCUGGUAUAUGUUUUGUUGAUUUGCUUCUGAACAAUGUUUUGCAACAAUCUCUUCCCUUGUGGUGACUAUGAUCCGGCUUGCAUUCUCCAUUUUAGGUAACCUCCGUAUUAUGAGGUCCCAUUCAACAUUACAUGAUAUAUUAUCGAGAACAAUCAAGCACCUCUUUGUAUCUAAAUGCCUGGCCAACUCCUCCGUCAGCUCUCCAAGAUUCAUCAAAGGCUGGCGACUUCAAUUUGCGACGUAGACAGCACGAUUCGGCUGCCUCUCUUGCUGUUGGGAAAGCAUGCUUUGAUGUCGUCCCAUUCCUCAAUGGUUGACAGGCCAGUGAGCACAACCAGCGGAUUGAUUUAAAGGGAUCUCGAAGGGAGCCCCAUGCCAUGAAGGAUUGGUACGCUCAACCUUUUUUUGGCCCUGCUGCAAGAGCGAGGGAAGCGUGAUGCUAUAGUUGCGCCUUUUCAAAUCGACACCUUCUGCAUUUGAGAUGAUUAUAGUACAUAGUUACAUCCAUGUAUCCGGCUGAUUUGAGUGAUUGUUACAGAGCUGAUGUGGGUGCUGUUCCAGGUUGCUGUUUCCUAAAAACUACUACGGUGGAUCUUUUUUACUUUUCAAUCUGACAAACCUAUGUUUUUAUUUUCGACAGCAAACCUGUUACUUUAGAGAACUAGUUUCUGCUGUGAAUCACGUACUGGAAUCACUUGGAUCCAUCUGUCUUUGAACAACGAACGUGAAAAGAGCUGAAAA